AUGUCUGUACACUACAGUGCAGCGAGGCUCAAGAAGUGGGCCAUCUGUAUGAUCAAACAUAUUCUGGCUUUUAAAAUCCGGAUGUCUGACCCUUUCCAGGCUGACCGACUCGCUUAUCUGGAAGAAAAAGUGAAUCUGAUUUUGAGCGGAAACAAAUCCGGUUCGCAUGAUCAAGCCCAUGGCAACCUUCCAGAUGCGCCAGAGACAGGAUACUCGGCACCCUCAUGCCCUUCCUCCACUGACAUUGGGGGUACCCUUACUGAUUCAUUCCUGCUUGGCCUGGGUUAUGAGGACUCCAAGCUUCAUGGUCCCGCCCGUGUGUCACAAGCCAUAGACGUAUAUUUCCAGUAUUGCCACCGACAACCGAUAUGGUGCUUUGACCGCGAAGAGGUCAAGGAUCCGAGUUAUAUCUCUGAAGAGCUCGCCUGCAGCAUAUUGACCCUAACAGCCCGCUUCUCGCAAGAUCGGGACGAUUUGCAGCAUUAUGGAGACACGGCGAGAACCCUUGUCAUGCUUCGCAUAGCGAACGGGACAGUGGAAAUAGAGACAAUCGAAAGUCUAUGUUUACUCUCCUUUGCCUCAUUUCUAGAUGGGAACGGCCACCUGGGACGAUUUCACCUCGGCCUUGCUCUACAGCUUUGUCGAUCCGCAAUGUUAGACAUUAGCACUACAUAUGGAGUUGAAUGUCCUGCAGCAGAGCGAAAGAAACGCUUAUUCUGGAGUCUCCAGUCUCUUGAGCAAACCUACGGGCAAAUCAAUGGCACUCUAAGUGUGCCUGGCGAGGUCCUACGUUCAUUCUACGUGGAUACGGGAAACGACCCCAAUGUCCAGCACACAGAGCGGAAGCCACCCCCAAUGCCUCUUGAUGAGAUCGGAUGUUCUGGUCCGGAUGAUACAGGAAUCUGGAAUCUCUCGUUGCAUUUUGGAUGGGUCUGGAGCAGAGUUAGAGCAUACGUCUUUGACUGCGCGCAAAGCAGGCUCAAAGAGCCAUGGCGAAACGACUCCAUGUACGCCACAGUCAUCUCCGAUUUAACGGAGCUGGAGAACAAGCUUUCAUUAUGCCACCGAUACGACUCAGUCAAAUUCUAUGAACGUCGCGCCGAUGAGCUACGAAGGAGUCGAGACUACUGGACGCCGUGGCUCAAACUGCAAUUCACCUAUCACACUAUCCUCACCGUCCUCAAUCACCCUUUCCUCUAUAUCGUUGCCUCCCAACACAAUCACAACCUGACUAUUCCGAACACCUUCUGGCGAAGGUCCUCCGAGCUCGUUGUUUUACACGCGACAUGGAUUGUCCGAAUGAUCGAUAUGGUGAAUGAUAAGAAAAUGCGCCUGACCGAUCCGUUCUUUGGACAUGCUGCUGCCAUUGCCGCCACGGUCCAUCUUUACUACUGUUGCGCGGCAGACCCAAGGCUUAAGUAUAAGUCGAAAACAGACUUUGCGAAAUGUCGAAAGUUCUUGAAAAGCUUUGUUUCCUUCUCCCCUGCUUGCCAAGGCUUGGACCGAACCUUAGACAAAAUGACCCGAAUCGCCUCCGGUUCGGAGAAGGUGGACUUUGACUGGGAGCCUUCCAAAAUUCAUCUCAGUAUUCCUCUCAUGUGGGAAGUUUUGCAAAUCAACAACUCGCCACGUGCUGAGGAGCCAGCCACUGCUGCCCUCCUGCACCCGACUCUUUCUCCCAUGGUUUUCCCCGAAGAUACUGAUAACCCCUCAUCGACUCUCGAGAUCAUUGUUGCAAUGUCUCCUGAAAUCACAGUCAACACAGCGGACGGAGGUUCCGCCGCACAUAUACCACCUCAUGUACCUCGCGUAUCUUCCUUGCCAGCGUCACCGACUUCUAACGCCGGUGCUGAUAAGCUAGUUGCCCCUGCUGACAGCCUCAUGGCAAACACCCCUUGGCUUUGGACUGAUCCUGCACAAUUUGUUGAUAUGGAGCCUCUUGGGUACCCCGAGUCAGAAUCCACCAUGGGCAAUGUUGACGGAUUCUCCGCUUGGUGGGAUAUUGGAAACUUAUAA